UCUGUAGUCUGUUUUUAUUACUAUUGGUUUGUUUUCAUUUGGCAAAGGAGCAUUUUAUUUUGUGAUUUUACUUUAAAUUACAUUUUUUCUCUGUUAAUUGGUUGACUAUGUCUUCUAAUAAACAAACAAUAAGAAGAUAUGUUGCUGGUAGAGUUCCUCAUUAUGCCGGGAAUGCUAGUAGUGAUGAAGAAGAGGUGGAACAAUUUACCACAAAAGAUAUCGAUAUUGACAGAAAACUUACAUUGGAAAAAGCUCCUGUGAAUAAAGUUAGAGGACCAAAUAGAACUGUAGAAUCUGAGGAAGAUGAAGAAGAUGAGGUUGAGCAUCGUCAUGCAGCAAUACUUCAAAGAAGAAGAGCUCAAGAGGAAACUGAACUUUUGGCUAAUGAAGAUUCAGAUGAUGAGAUGAAGGAUGAUGACGACGAAGAUGACAGUGAAGAUGAAGAUGAUAGCGAUGAAGAGGAUGAUGACGAGUACACUGAUGAUGAAGAUGAUACUGGUCCUCAACUAAAGCCUGUUUUCGUGCCAAAGAAGCACAGAGAGCAGAAGAUUGAAGUUAAUAUUGAAAGUACAAAAGAAAUUGAAAAAAAGAGUCGAGAUGAAAGACGCAAGGAGGCUUUAAGGAUCAUUGAAGAAGAAACCAAGAGAGAAUUAUUAGAUUCUGAGAAAAAGGAAGAGGAGCAAUUAAAUGAAGACAUGUUAGCAUGUAAUGAUGAGGACGACGAUGAAGAACUUGAAUAUGAAUCAUGGAAAGUACGUGAAUUAAAGCGUAUCAAGCGUACUAAAGAAGAAAGUGAAGCUGAAAUGAAAGAAAAGGCCGAAAUUGAAAGAUUAAGAAGUCUGACCGAAGAAGAAAGACUAGAAGAAUUGAAGAAGAGACCAAAGAUAAUAACAAAUAAAGCCGCGAAAGGUAAAUAUAAAUAUCUUCAAAAGUAUUAUCACCGUGGUGCUUUCUACAUGGAUCAAGAAGAAACCAUCCUGAAGAGGAAUUAUGCUGAACCUACAUUAGAAGAUCAAUUUGACAAAACUAUCCUUCCAAAAAUCAUGCAAGUCAAAAACUUUGGUCGAUCUGGUCGAACCAAAUACACACAUUUGGUUGAUCAAGAUACAACCGCAUUUGAUUCGCCAUGGGCUACAGAAAAUGCUCAAACCUCAAAGUUCCACAAUACAGCCGGAGGAAUGAAACAGUGUUUUGAUAGACCAACCAAAAAAAGAAAAUGAGUUUAAGCAAAAUUUCCUGUAAAUAAUACCAAAUCCAUUUACUCAUCUAACAUGUAUGAUAUUUCUGCCAGUCACGGUAUCUUUUACAAUGUUUAAUAUUAAAAACAGAUUGUUCUCAUUUCAAAAUAGUAAA